AUUUCCGCAUACCUACUUACACUGUGAAUCUGAGAUAGUGCUCUCUCUAUAAAUAACUACACUUUCUCGUACCUUCCUUUUUCCCUCUCUUCUUCCUUCAUCUUCUUCAUUCCUUCCUGGUUUUGAAUCGAUCUGCAAAAAUGGCGUUAGCCUUCGACGAAUUCGGAAGGCCAUUCAUUAUACUCAGGGAACAGGAAUCUAAAACCCGUUUAAGAGGUAUAGAUGCUCAAAAAGCAAACAUUUCUGCAGGAAAAGCUGUCGCUCGUAUUCUUCGUUCUUCUCUUGGUCCUAAAGGGAUGGAUAAAAUGCUCCAAUCUCCCGACGGCGACAUUACUAUCACAAAUGAUGGCGCUACUAUCUUGGAGCAGAUGGAUGUUGACAACCAAAUUGCAAAGUUGAUGGUUGAGUUAUCUCGUAGUCAAGAUUAUGAAAUUGGUGAUGGGACCACUGGAGUUGUUGUCAUGGCUGGUUCCCUUUUGGAACAGGCUGAAAACCUCUUAGAUCGUGGCAUUCAUCCUAUUAGAAUAGCAGAAGGUUAUGAAGUGGCUUCAAGAAUUGCCGUUGAACAUUUGGAGAAAAUUGCACACAAGUUUGAAUUUGAUGAAACAAAUGUAGAGCCUUUGAUCCAGACAUGCAUGACUACUUUGUCAUCCAAAAUUGUAAAUCGCUGUAAGCGUAUGUUGGCUGAGAUUGCAGUCAAAGCAGUUCUUGCUGUAGCGGACUUGGAAAGGAAGGAUGUCAAUCUUGAUCUCAUCAAAGUCGAAGGGAAAGUGGGAGGAAAACUUGAAGAUACUGAACUUAUUUAUGGAAUUGUGGUAGACAAGGACAUGAGUCACCCGCAAAUGCCCAAGAAAAUUGAAGAUGCUAAGAUAGCAAUUUUAACUUGCCCCUUCGAGCCACCUAAGCCAAAAACCAAACAUAAGGUUGACAUUGACACUGUGGAAAAGUUUGAGACAUUGCGUAAACAAGAGCAGCAGUAUUUUGAUGAUAUGGUUCAAAAGUGUAAGGAUGUUGGUGCAACCUUGGUUAUUUGUCAGUGGGGAUUUGAUGACGAGGCAAAUCAUUUGUUAAUGAAUAGGAAUUUGCCUGCUGUCAGAUGGGUUGGUGGUGUUGAAUUGGAGCUGAUUGCAAUUGCAACAGGUGGAAGAAUUGUUCCAAGGUUUCAAGAACUGACCCCUGAAAAGCUGGGGCAGGCUGGGUUGGUCCGUGAGAAAGCUUUUGGAACAACAAAAGAUCGGAUGCUGUACAUUGAACACUGUGCCAAUUCUAGGGCUGUAACAAUAUUUAUCCGUGGAGGCAACAAAAUGAUGAUUGAAGAGACAAAGAGAAGCAUACACGAUGCACUUUGUGUAGCAAGGAAUCUUAUUCGCAAUAAUUCUAUUGUGUAUGGGGGUGGAUCCGCUGAAAUUGCAUGCUCACUUGCUGUAGAGGCUGGUGCUGAUCAAUACCCAGGAGUUGAGCAGUAUGCCAUAAGGGCCUUUGCAGAAGCUUUGGAUGCUGUUCCCAUGGCACUUGCGGAGAACAGUGGUCUUCAGCCAAUUGAAACACUGUCUGCUGUGAAACACCAGCAAGUUAAGGAGAACAACACAUGCUGUGGCAUAGACUGCAACGAUGUUGGCACAAAUGACAUGCGUGAGCAGAACGUAUUCGAGACUUUGAUCGGGAAGCAACAACAGAUAUUGCUGGCUACCCAGGUUGUGAAGAUGAUUUUGAAGAUAGACGAUGUCAUUACUCCUUCCGAAUUUUGAUAGUACUAUUUACUAAGUUACUAGUAUGUAAUUUAGCUUGCCUUUUGCAACUUCAAUCAACAGUAGAUCGUAGAUGUCAUUCACUUAGCUUCACUCCAAUUUGUGCCAUUAAAUGGGAUUCGACAUUUUAAUACUCUAAAUUUUGUAUGCUGAACCUUCUUCUUUUACUUUGUAUUGUGCUCUA